CAACACCAGAAGAAAAGAACACAUUCUCCAAAGUAUCUCCUUUCGAACUACACCGACGCUACGAACCGAAAGCCCCAUAAGCCGCUUGCGGCAAAUCAGAAACGAUGAUGCAACACGCACUUGGCGGCCAUGCCUUCUCCCACCAGCAAGAUCCAUUCAUGACAUACAACCCGCAGCCGCACCAUCCUCAGCAUGCAACUCACCCGCAACAACACGCCAGUAUGCAGCAAUAUGGUCGCCUAGCUGCAGCUAGUAACGCAUCGUCGGCCAACCCUUCUCUUUCCCUUGGUGGAGGCGUCGACAGAUUGACAACCAACUCGUUGGCAGCAGCUACCGCGGGCAUGGCCAACAUGGGUGGAGAUAGGACACUUGGUUCGGGAGUGGGUGCCGAUGGACUUGCCGCUGAGUUUGGCGGCGAGGACCAAAGAAAGACGAUGGAGUUCAUCGUGCAGCUGCUAAACCCGCAGACACGAGAGACGGCGCUCUUGGAGCUUAGCAAGAAACGUGAAGCUGUACCUGAAUUAGCAUUGGUAUUAUGGCACUCUUUCGGUGUUAUGACGUCGCUAUUGCAGGAGAUUAUCUCUGUAUAUCCGCUGCUUAGCCCCUCGCAGCUUACAGCAGCUGCCUCGAAUCGAGUCUGCAACGCCCUUGCUCUUCUGCAAUGCGUAGCUUCUCACCAGGAGACGAGACAGCUUUUCUUAGCUGCUCAUAUUCCGCUCUUUCUUUACCCAUUUCUCAAUACGACGUCAAAGUCGAGACCUUUCGAGUACUUACGCCUUACCUCUCUUGGCGUAAUUGGGGCGCUCGUAAAAAAUGACAGCAGCGAGGUUAUCAACUUCCUCCUGACGACGGAGAUCAUCCCUCUCUGUCUGCGUAUCAUGGAGACGGGCUCUGAGCUGUCCAAAACGGUUGCCAUCUUCAUUGUUCAGAAGAUUCUGCUUGAUGAUGUCGGCUUGGCAUACAUUUGCCAGACAUAUGAGCGCUUCUAUGCCGUCGGCACGGUGCUCAGCAACAUGGUUAAUCAGCUCGUUGAGCAACAGACAGUGCGCCUGCUGAAACACGUGGUGCGCUGCUUCUUGCGGCUCAGUGACAAUGCAAGAGCAAGAGAGGCGCUGAGGCAAUGUCUCCCCGAGCCGCUUAGGGAUGCAACGUUCUCUGCCGUACUUCGGGACGAUGCUGCUACAAAGAGAUGCCUGGCCCAGCUUCUUAUCAACCUUAGCGAUACCGUUGGCGACAACCACGGAGCACAGCUACAGCUGCACGGUUAAAUUAUUCGCCGUCGUAUUAUCCUUGCGCCUGACAUAACCCAGCAUAUUAGCCAAAGACGAUCUACCGAAGCUGACUCCAAAUAUUCUCAAAAGUAUUUUCAUUUGGAAGGUACAUCAAUUGCGUACGAAUUAUAUAUCUAUAUACCCCUGUUAUUCUUAUUCGUGAUGGGCACGAGAGGAGAAAAAUGGUUCAACUAUUUUCGGCAUAGGUUGGCGUCUUGAAAACCUGGUCUGGUUUAUUUUGGCGACAGUAGCAUGGAAUGGCGCGGUGGGAUUCGGAAAGAUUGGAUUGAGUUGAACUUGCUCUGAUUUGCAUCUCACCAAAUGACAUGUGUGUACGCGUGUGAAUAUGUGUGUGUGUGUGUGCGAGCGCGUGUGUGAGUAUAUAAGAUGAAGUGUUUUGAGCAGAUAACUUAAAUCAGAUGUCAUAUGAUUAUGAUACAAACGUAUGCAGAGGCAUAAUAGGCCUUCCGCACUCUGGCAAUAUGGAAAUUUCCAAGUGUCGUGUUACUUUGCCC